GAACUAUCGAUUAACUCACUGUUUCUGGAUGGCUUCCAGGAUGGUUUGAUUUCAACUAUACACUCUAAGACAAUAAACUGUGAAAUUUUCUCGCUGGAAAUUAGGAUUGUAAUCGCCGUUUAUUAGAUUCACGAGUAUGCACUGACUUUCUGGUACUGCACGAGAAGUCAGGCGCUCAGAGAGUGAUGCCGACCUCGCUAUGGUUACCGAAAACGCAGCUAUUACGUAGUAAACCGUUCUUACUAUGCGUAUUACUUGCUGUGCUCGGACUCCUAUUGGUGCACAGCGCCGGCCGGAACAGCGUCUUUAUGGAAUGGGCGGCUCACACCGGAAGUGGCCAUCGUGUCGCUCCGGGAAACGAAAUUGCAUCGGACAUGCUACUUUGGAAUGCCUUUGAUGUCAUUUUUAACGCAACCCGUCUCAACAUAGAUCUGAACAACAAUACUCUCGAAGAAAACGAAGCCAAAGAAGAUGUUAUAUUGGAACCAAGUCAGGAAAGUACUAGGGCAUUGACAAAACAUGAAUCAUAUCAAAUUAUAUCUAAACCUCUUGGGAUUUCUCAGAAUAAAGACAGGCAGUGUACUAAACAAAUAAAUGUGAGUUUUCUCAAGGUUCAUAAGGCCGGUAGCACCACUGUGAUGAACAUACUACUGCGGUUUGCAAUAAGUAAUAAUUUAAACAUUGUACUUCCAAAGGACUCCGACGGUUAUGGAUUUAAUUACCUCGGUUAUGGGACAUCUGUAUCUAUGGAUCGCAUAGUUCCAUUACCGCCAAACGAACAUUUCAACAUUUUGUGCAACCAUGCGGUUUAUAACAAAGCCAAAUUCCGAGAGAUUUUACCGAUGAAUACCUCAUACAUUGGCAUCAUUCGAGAUCCGGUGAGCCAUUUUAGUUCUGCGGCAACAUAUUACGGAUUUUACGAUAGUUUGAAGUCAAAGAAUGGUGCACAUGAGCACUUGAUACGUGAUUUCCUGCGUGACCCAUCGGUGUAUGCCGUCAACACGGACUUCGUUAGAAACCGGAUGUCGUUCGAUUUCGGAAUUCCUGAAUCGGAAUUCCAAAACGAAACAUAUAUAGAUGAUUAUAUACAAGAACUUGACAAGGACUACGCUCUAGUUCUAAUCAUGGAGCGUUUCCAGGAAUCCUUGGUUUUAAUGAGGCGAAAGCUUUGUUGGAGCACUAAGGACAUACUGUAUGUUCCGCUAAAUGCGCUCGACACCAAACCGGAAUUCCAGCUCACAGACGAAGAUCUUAAUCGACUCAGGUACUGGAACAGCGCGGAUUUCAGACUCUAUGACUAUUUUAGUAUUAAAUUUGACCAAUUAGUAAAACAGGAAGAAGAUGAUUUGCAAGAGGAAGUCAAAAGCUUUAUGGAAAUCAAAAAGACAGUCACUGAGUUUUGUUCUAGGAUACCAAAUUCUUACAAUGACAGCGCAUCAUUUUCAGCCACUAAAUGGAGUGCCGCGUUCACGGUGACGCUAGGGGACUGUGGCUUGAUGACAGAGGACGAGCUGCCGAUGCUUAGUCGCCUGAUCGAGCAUGCGUGGGAUAAGUACUGGAAAUCGCAGCCAACGACGUCAUAAUUGGUGCAUUAAUGAUCACCCAUAGAGGCUCUUGUUCAGGCGUCAACAAAAUGCGGUAAUAUGGGCAUAACUGCCAAAGAUCAUCUUCUCGCACACCACAAACGCGUACUAUCAUAAAUAUAAUCGAUUCCAUAUACGAUUAGUUUAUUAUUAUGUGUACAGACAAUUAUCACAUCCUCGUGUUUAUAUUCCUGUAUAAUGUUAAAAAAG